CAUCCACUGCUGUUCCCGUCACGUCUGGACUGGUCGCCAUAUUAAACCUGACGGAAUCGGCGACGGUCCGCGGUAGGGAUCGCGAGGGGGCCCUUUCCAAAACAAAUCCCGAUAUACACCUUCGUUUUCCCUUUUCGCCCCGGAAAUUAUUUAUGCAUCGGACUGAAUAAGGCAGUGUGUUCUCAGACAGGGGUUGUCUGGGACGGAGGUUUUGUUUUAGUGUGUUUGAGAGAGAGAGAGAUGAGUACUUUGACCCAGCGGAGCUCCGGCCUGGUGCAAAGACGCACCGAGGCUUCGCGCAGCGCUGCGGCCGCAGACAGAGAACGCGGAUCCGGUGACGAGGAUUACGAGCCUCGUCGCGGAGAAGAGCCGGAGGACGAUGACAGCGGCGACUCCAAAGAAACCAGACUCACCUUGAUGGAGGAAGUGCUGCUGUUGGGCUUGAAAGACCGAGAGGGUUACACCUCCUUCUGGAACGACUGCAUUUCGUCUGGCCUGAGGGGCUGCAUGCUCAUUGAGCUGGCAUUACGAGGGAGACUGCAGCUGGAGGCCUGUGGCAUGAGGAGGAAAAGCCUGCUUGCCCGGAAGGUUAUAUGCAAGUCUGAUGCUCCAACAGGGGAUGUGCUGCUGGACGAGGCUCUGAAACAUAUAAAAGACACCCAACCGCCUGAAACCGUGCAGAGCUGGAUAGAGUUACUCAGUGGUGAAACAUGGAACCCAUUAAAGCUUCAUUAUCAGCUGCGUAAUGUUCGAGAGCGCCUGGCCAAAAACCUGGUGGAGAAAGGUGUCCUCACCACAGAGAAACAAAACUUUCUUCUUUUCGACAUGACCACACACCCCCUCACCAACAAUAAUAUAAAGCAGCGCCUUAUAAAGAAAGUGCAGGAGUCCGUGCUGGAAAAGUGGGUGAACGACCCUCACCGAAUGGACAAGCGCCUUCUGGCCCUAAUAUUCCUGGCCCAUUCGUCUGACGUCCUGGAGAAUGCGUUCGCCCCGCUGCUGGAUGACCAAUACGAUCUGGCCAUGAAGAGAGUACGACAGCUGCUGGACCUGGAGCCUGAGGGCGAGAGCAUGAAGAACAACGCCAAUGAGCUGCUGUGGGCGGUGGUGGCCGCCUUCACCAAAUGAAGCAGCUUGACUUCUGACAAAUAUGACGUUUGGACUGGUAAAAUCAGGUUUGAGAAGUGGUGGAUGAAAGUGGAGUCUCGGUGUCUUUCCUUCCUUGUAGAUAAAUCUCCCUCCCUUACUUUUCUCCCUGCAAGAUCUAUCAUUGGGUUUCUCUCUCUUGUUGGAAAAGGGGACCAGUUUAUUUUGAGUGCCGAUGGGUUCCUUCUCACUGUACUGUUGAGAUUUACGUUUUAGUAUCGCUGCACAAAAUGGCUUGUUUUUGUUUUUCAAUGUUUUCAUGCUUGGAUAUCUGCGUCGGUUAUUGACCGACUAGAAAAUAUUCAAGAAUUUGAUUUAUGUUUUGUCAUCUAAUUGGGAUCCAUUUGUGACGGAAGCUGUGUACAUUGCACAGUGGUACGGCUCAACCGUUGCUAAUCUGAAAAUAAAUACACUAGUGUAUAUUUUUUAAUUCGAUUUGUUGUCCGUUUGUUGUCUAAUAACGAAGGCUGAAAAGUAACCAAAAAAAGGUCAUCAGAGUUAGUCCUGUUGGAAUGACAGAUAAGUUAUUUGUGGAAAGGGUGCUAAUGCUAACAGCUAACAUUCACGCUGCUGAAACAAAAGCCCUGUUUACACCUAUGUUUUGGUCAAUCAGAUUGGGUGUUUAAAUCCAUCUCCUUUGUCCAGACUACUUUGUCUCUAUAAGCAGUAAUGCUGUGGUGAGAAAUUGAUUCCCUGAUAUUCAAAAUGCAUUGUUUUUCACUAAAUAGAUUCUGAGCUUAGUUUUAACAGGAGACGGCGCUGUUUGAUUUACUCUCCUUGCUUUCAGUUCCUUAUAAAUACCACUUGAACUUAAAAUGAUUAAAUAACAAAAUUUUUUUCAAGAAUUACAAAAUUGAUUAUCGUAAACUGACCAAACUUGCCUGACUCGGCGAAUGCACAGCCACUCUUUCUGGAGAGCAUUUAAGUAUAUGUUUAUAAACGAGGCUAGAGUGCCACCUACUGUUAAAACUGCUCAAAGUUCAGAAUUUAUUGAACAGUAAUGUGUUAAGAAAAUUUUCGAUUUGAUGCAAAAUCAAUUUCUUGAAUUAUUUUUUAUUUCCACAGCUCUAUGUUGGGACAGAAAGUUUAAUAGGAUUUUUGCACGGUUUACAUACAAGUGUGAAAGGAGAUGAUGAAAAACGAUACUGACUUUGUUCUAAUAGACACGAAACUAUGCAGAACAUUUCCUCAAUGAAUUUACAUUGAGGUUUAGGAGAAUAGUUGAAAGACGUUACACUACAUUAGUGUUUACACUUUGAGAGUCAAAUGUGUUUUCGCCUGUAUUUAAAGGAAAAGAAAAUUUGACCGAUUGAUGAAAACGUCUCUUAAAGGUAUAGUUCACCCAAAAAUUAAAAUUCUGUCUUUUACUCAACGUUCACUUGUUCAAAACUUCUUUGAGUUUCUCAUACUUGUCAACAUUGGGAUGUAAAAAUACAAGAUACCCUUCGAGAAAUAAAAUCAAGUCAUAAAAUCACUUUUUAUUCACUGUAAAUAUUGAUUAAAGUUAUUUUAGUUGUUUAGUGAAGAGAAAUGAAUCUCUCAUUUUGAUCCACUGUUUUUCUUUUUUAUAACAGAGGUGUCCCUUUAAGAAUCCACAGAUUACUUUCGUAACCGUUUAUGCUCAUUUAAGAUAAAAUUAUUUGUUUUUAAAAUGAAACACGCCAGGACAGAUAUGUUCACAUAUUAUUGGGUGAAUUUGUUCGUUUAAAAACACACCCAAACUGUGAUUGGCUGUGAAGGCCAUCGGUUCACAGAACUCACCACUGUUUACUGCAUGUAACCACAGAUACAGGGACACUGAAUCGACAUUUGAGCGCUCGUAUGUCAGUUUAUAGACAAACCACCUGAUCAGCGUGACGCUCCAGGGAUUGAGAUCGACAACAAGACUUCAGGUAGUGAAAUAUUAAUUUCAUCAUGCUUUCAAACCAUAUAUAUAUGGUUUAUAUAUAUAUAUAUAUAUAAAGUGAAAGCAUAAUUCUCUCGAACAACUCUUGCAAUUAUAUCACGUUUGAGAUCGGCUCUUUGAUGCUACGCUCACUUUUCAUAGAAAUAUUAAAAAUACAGGAGAAAUACUUGACAAUAUUUAAACAGUGGAAUAGAAUGGUAAAAUACCAAUCUGAUCUCAUGAGAGAACAAAAGUAUUUUACGUUUUGGCAGUUUAGUGGCUAAUUCGUUACGAGUUCAGCCGUAAGAAAUUGUACGAUUUUAAAAAGGAGGCCUGGCACCUAACCCCACCCCUAAACCCAACCGUCAUUGGGGGAUGAGCAAAUCGUACUAAAAUGUUCAAAUUAGAUCGUACGAAUUAGCCACUACAUGAAAAAGUUACAAAUUGCAGUCAGAUUGUGUUGAAAAUACAGGAGAAUCACGUCAAAACUGAAUCGUUGACGGGUAUAUUCUGUUAAACACAAAAGAAAAUAUUUUUUUAAAAAUGCUGGUUGCUGGCACCAAUCAACUUCCAUAUUAGAGGAAAAAAUACAAUGGAAGUCAAUGGAUGGCAGCAACCAGAAAGUAUCUUCUUUUGUGUUCAACUAAAGAAUGGAACUCAAAAGUUUAAAACGACGUGAGGGAAAGUAAAUAUUGAGGUCAUUUUUAUUUUCAGGUGAACUGUACGAGGUGUGAACAGGGCCAAAAUGCAGUGUUUUGUUGACUAGUAAGUAAAAAUGUAUAUAAGGAAAACAAACGGUUGUUCUAAGAUUGUCUGUCUGUUAUUUAUUAGUUGGGUUAUGUUUUUAUUUUUGGCUACCACACCAUCUCAAAUCCAUAAACAUCCCAGAAAUGCUUCAAACUCUACCUCUUCACACAUUUGCUGUCGUGAUUCCUCUCUCGCGUUACUUCAAGGUUGAUUUACAAUACUUUCAUGUGCCUGAGAUUGGUUGCAGAAUGAGGUGCUGUAUGGACUGUAGCUCUUUGUGGCAUUAAUGGAGUUCCAUUCAGAAAACAUUUGUUACUCACUCGCUCCGCAGUCUUCAUUCAUAUAUGCCUACCCAAAAUAAAUUUCAGGACCACAAGAGUUUACUUUCACAGAAUCUGUGUCCUCCCUUAAAAUAAACACAUCUGCAUUGCAAACAGACUUGUUUUUCUUCAAUAUUUCUCCAUUGACUUAUCUAGAGGUUUGCACAAAUCCUCCUGGUUUUACGGUGGAGUUCUGAAUGUCAAAUGGUUUUCAUUUCAUUUACUCUCACCUCUAAACAAGAAUAGGAUUUUAAAAAAAGAAUAAAUGUGUGUAUAUAUAUAUAUAUAUAGACUUUAAAAUGUGACUUUUAUAUGUAAGAGCAGAUUCCGCCAUUUUAUCGAGUCAGUAUAUUUUUGAUAGUAUUUUAUUACCAUUAGCAGUUUGGCGAUAGUUACGUAAGAUGGAUUGACAUUGCAUUGUCACAAUCUAGUUUGAUCUGUACAGCAGAUAAUUUCUUCUGUGUUCAUGCUGCUUACUAUACAAUCUGUAUCAAUCUUCUUCAUUUUGCCUGGCAUGUUACAGUUAGCACAAGCAUGCCUUAAUUUUGUUUUUACACAGCGAAGAUCUUUGGAGAAAAACGCCUUCGUUCAAUCAUGUUUGUUCAUUAUGUUGAUUUUUAUUGAUUUGUAUAGCAAUAAUCCACAUGCUUUUUUGUUUUGCUCUUUGUUCUUCGCCAUGGUGGUAAAUGCUUGCUUCACAAUAGUUAAUUGUAUGUAGCGAUGGUCUGGGAAAUCCACCAAUUGUUUUGAAGAGUCGACUUGAGACAUGGGGGAUUUUUCUUUUUCUUUUUUUUAAGUGUCAGGACAGUAAAAGAGAAUGAAAAUCAUGUGUGUAGCUUUAGCACUCACUAUAAAGGGACCCCAAUGUAUAUACUUUCUUAUUACCAUGAAAUAAACUAUGGUCUUGAAAGUGCCUCAAA